AUUAGGUAUCACUUUAACUCCUCUUUUUGACUUAGAAAUCUUACCAACAUUAUCAAAUCUUUGUGUUGCCAAUAGUGAACCUGUAUAAAUAAAACUGCCCCAGAGCAAGCUUAAUUAAUUAGCAGUGUUGGGGCUUGAGAGUUGAGAAGAUAUGGCUGUUGAUGUAUGCUCAGAGAUUUCAAGUCCAAGAAUUUCGUUUUCUUAUGAUCUCAAUCAAACGGAUAGAGAGUGUCGUCGCUGCGGAUCUGAUAAGUUAUUAGUAGACGUGGAAUUCACCGCGGAUUUUGAUUUCUGCAUUAGCAACAAUAGCUUCCUGCAAGAAACCUCAUCGGCUGAUGAGCUUUUCUCUGAUGGCAAGAUCCUUCCAACUGAAAUCAAGAAAGCAGAGACGAGUAAGAAAGCAACUCAUCUGUCUGAGCCUGUUUUAAUCCAACGUCAAGCUUCUGGGACGAGAAAUAGUAAAGCUUUGAACGUAAACGAGGAUACAAACUGCAAGAAGCUGAAGGAGUUUCUAUACGAAGAAGAGAAGCCAGCUGCAUCCAAAUCAUUUUGGCAGUUCAAGCGAAGCACGAGUCUGAAUUGUGACAGUGGUAGGAGUAAGGGAUUCAUUCGGUCAUUACAGACACUUGCGCGAAGCCAUUCAACUGGUUCAGCUGCAGCUGCAAAACAGACUGUGACACCAAAGGUUACUAUUCAAAGACAACAUUCACGAAAGCAGCCUACAGUUUCAACUAAUAAUCAGACUCUUCCGACAUUUAGCGGAUAUCAUCAGAUGUAUAAUUCAUCGGGAAAGCCCCCGUCGUUGAAGAACUGCAGAUCUUACAGUACUGGAGUUAAAUUUAACCCUGUUCUAAACAUUCCACCAGCUUAUGUGUCCAAGGGGACUGCAAAUUUGUUUGGGUUUAGUUCAUUUUUUUGUAGUGGCAAGUCCAAAAAGAAAAAGAAGUGAUUCAAAAGUAAAACCCUACAGUUAAAGAUACAUGUAUAUUAUGUACAUAGAUAAUAAUAUUUCUUCAUUUUGAAUCUGAAGCUUAUCAAAGUUU